AUGGUGGAUUCUGAGUUUGUGAUGAGGGCGCCCCCUCUGGAUGGGAGGGAUAUGGAGCUGAAUGUGCUGGGCUUCCUGGACUCUCUGGGGGAGGACAACACCACAGCAGCAGAGAGGUGCUACCGCUCCCACUCCCGCAGCAGUGUCCUGCAGGGCCUGCCUUUUGGAGGGGUGCCCACAGUCCUCGCCAUCAAUGUUGUCCUGUGGCUGUUUCUUUUGCUGAUCUUUUCCUUUUUGAGGAAGGCUGCGUGGGACUAUGGCCGCCUGGCUCUAUUGAUGGAGAAUGACAGUCUCACGUCCCUGUUCUACGGAGAGCAGAGUGAGAAGGAGAAGUCCCCGUCAGAGUCCAGCCCGUCAGACUCAGACACCAAGGACUUGGGCUUCUGCUCUUGGCUUACAACACUUUACCAUAUGAAGGAUGAGGAGAUCAGGAGUAAGUGUGGUGUCGAUGCUACGACCUACCUGUCCUUCCAGCGCCACAUCAUCCUGCUCAUGACUGUGGUCUGCCUGCUGUCUGUGGCCAUCAUCCUGCCUGUCAACUUUUCCGGAAACCUCCUAGGGGAUAAUCCUGAAAAUUUUGGAAGAACGACUGUGGCUAAUCUUUCUGCGAAGGACAGCUUCCUGUGGCUCCACAGUAUCUUUGCUCUGCUCUACUUCAUCAUCACAGUGCUGUGUAUGGCCCACCACUCUUCACGCCUGGAGUACAGAGAGGACGAGAAGGUGGCCAGGACUCUCAUGAUCACCUGCAUCCCCAGAGAGAUCUCAGACCCAGGCCUCAUCACCAAACACUUCCAUGAGGCCUACCCCAGCUGUACUGUCACUGACCUCCGCUUCUGCUUCAACGUACACAAACUGAUGAGGCUUGACUCUGAGAGACGAAAGGCGAUGAAAGGAAGGCUGUAUUUUGCCACUAAGGCCCAGAAGGAGGGGAAGAUCAUGAUUAAGACCCACCCCUGUGCUACCAUCUUCUGCUGUGAUGUGUGCGGUUUUGAGCAGGUGGAUGCAGAGCAGUACUACAGUGAGUUAGAGGAGAAACUGACUGAUGAGUUUAAUGCAGAGAAGCAUCGCAUCUCGCUCAUGAGGCUGGGCAUCGCCUUUGUGACCUUUCGGGACGAAAGGAUGACUGCUGUUAUUGUCAAGGACUAUAGCAGGGUCCGUUGCCGUCAGAAACCCCAGCAGUCAAGCAUCACCACGGUAGUUCAGUCUCACAGGUGGGGUGUAGACUACGCCCCGGCACCAAGCGACAUCAUCUGGGAGAACCUCUCAGUGUGUGGCUCCCGCUGGUGGCUCCGCUGCGUCCUGCUCAACAUCCUCCUCUUCCUCAUCCUCUUCUUCCUCACCACUCCCGCCAUCAUCGUCAACACCAUGGACAAGUUCAACAUCACCCGGCCUGUGGACAGCCUGAGGAGCCCGAUCAUCACUCAGUUCUUCCCUACUCUAUUGCUCUGGGCGUUCUCUGUCCUGCUGCCCUUCAUAGUCUACUACUCUGCCUUCUUCGAGUCUCACUGGACCAGAUCCAGUGAGAACCAGAUCACGAUGCACAAGUGCUUUGUACUGUUGGUGUUCAUGGUGAUCAUCCUGCCCUCGCUGGGUCUCUCCAGUCUGGAUCUGUUCUUCAGGUGGCUGUUUGAUGUCAACUUCCUGGAAGACAAGGAUGUUAAAUUGGAGUGUGUGUUCCUGCCUGAUAACGGCGCGUUCUUUGUAAACUACGUGAUCACGUCCAGCCUGAUCGGCACGGCCAUGGAGCUGCUGCGCAUCCCAGCUCUGAUGGUGUAUGCUCUGCGUCUCUGUUUGGCCAAGCCCGGGGCCGAGCGCAUCCACGUCAAACGGAGCCAGGCCUAUGAGUUCCAGUUUGGUCUGGAGUACGCCUGGUCCAUGUGCAUCUAUGCUGUUAGCAUGACUUACAGUAUCACCUGUCCCAUCAUCAUGCCCUUUGGGCUGCUCUACCUGAUCCUAAAACACAUGGUGGACCGUUACAACAUCUACUAUGCCUACGUGCCCACCAACCUCAACCAGCGCAUCCACACUGCAGCCAUCAGCCAGGUCAUCGUGGCACCCAUCCUCUGCAUGUUCUGGCUCCUGUUCUUCUCUGUGCUCAGGCUGGGCCCAAUGUGUCCCAUCACCCUCUUCACCUUUGUGUCGCUGCUCUCCUGCCUUGUCUUCUCCCUCUUCGGCCUAUGCCUUAGGAAACAGCCUGACAAGUCAUCAAGCUACCAGCUGUUUGUGGCAUCUGUGUUGCUGGAGCCAGAGCUAGGCCUGACCCCCAUGCCCUCUCCAGCUCACCAGAGCUACGGGACCAUGGCCAGCUCCCAGGACAGAGAGGAGCAAGAGGAGGAAGACGACCAGGUUGAGACUGUCGAGACCAAGCUCCAGGACCCUCCAAACCCCUAUUACUCCAGCCCCCUCAUGGACAGCCCACCCCCUCAUGGACAGCCCAGUGGGCUACCAGUGACUCAGACCCCUAUUACUCCAGCCCCCUCAUGGACAGCCCAGUGGGCUACCAGUGACUCAGACCCCUAUUACUCCAGCCCCCUCAUGGACAGCUCAGUGGGCUACCAGUGA